GGCAGGAGGACAGGCUUAAGGAGCUGUACUGGGGGGAGGGCAGGGACAAGCAGGCCCAGGCCUGGCCGGGGGAGGGAGCAUGGAGCCGUCUGGGUCCCCGCGGCAUGGGGCCGAGCCCAGCUGGUGGGGUAGCGCCCCCCAGUACCAGUACAUGCCCUUUGAACACUGCACCAGCUACGGACUGCCCUACAAGAGCGGGGGCCUGCAGCACAGGCUCCGGAGGGAUGCGGGCCCCCGUCCCAACGCCGGCCCCACACAGAUCUAUGGCCAUCACAAAGAGCAGUUCUCAGACAAGGAUCAGGACACGGGGAUGCCCGAGACGAUGGACUCCAGCGCUUCCACGGACAGCAAGGAUGAGGAUCACUAUUCUAAAUGUCAAGGUUGUAUCCACCGUCUGGGACUCGUGGUGAGAAGAAAAUUAGGGGAAGACUGGAUCUUUCUGCUGCUUCUGGGGCUGCUUAUGGCUCUGGUUAGCUGGUGCAUGGAUUAUGUCAGUGCCAAAACCCUUCAGGCCUACAAGUGGACCUACUACCAGAUGCAGCCCAACCUGCCUCUGCAGUUCCUGGUCUGGGUCACCUUCCCACUCAUCCUCAUCCUCUUCAGUGCCCUCUUCUGCCACCUCAUCUCUCCCCAGGCUGUCGGCUCUGGAAUCCCUGAAAUGAAGACAAUACUUCGCGGGGUUGUCCUGAAGGAAUAUCUCACCCUCAAGGCCUUCGUGGCCAAGGUUGUGGCCCUGACUGCGGGGCUGGGCAGUGGCAUCCCUGUGGGGAAAGAGGGCCCUUUUGUCCACAUUGCCAGCAUCUGCGCCGCUGUCCUCAGCAAGUUCAUGUCCGUGCUCUGUGGGAUGUACGAGACUGUGCCUGGGCAGCUUGAUCUCCUGGUGUCGGCCUGCGCGGUGGGCGUGGGGUGCUGCUUUGCAGCCCCUGUCGGAGCAGCCAUACUAUUACACUGACAUGCUGACCGUGGGCUGUGCAGUAGGAGUCGGCUGUUGCUUUGGGACGCCACUUGGAGGCAAGUGAUUUA